AUGAAACCAGAAAUUAUGAUACCAUGGGAUACUCUUCCCUUUAGUGGCACCCUGAGCCCACCUGCGGAGACAGAGGCGUUCGAGGUUGACCCCUCAAAGGCAUACUUCUCUGCGCUUCCUACGGAGCUCAAGAUAGCGGUCCUGGAUCAAUUUGCCAUGGAUUACAAGCUAGAAACCGGAAGGGUUAUCUUUAUUCAUGACCGGCGCCUUAUCGUUUCCAACGCGGAGCAUAUCGAGACCCUGAAGGCCAUAAGAAGAUGUGAUCGCGAGUUGGCCGCACUCGGUUUAAGACAACUCUUUCGAGCAGUCAACUUUACCCCUUACAAGCGUACCCGACCCAAUUGGUUAUCACUAUUGGAGCAGACCAUCUUUCUGAAAAUCGCACCCCAUGUUCGAUAUGCCACCAUUUAUCUUGACGACCCAAGUCUGCCACUCAUGACGAAGAUAUUGCGACAUCUCACCAAUGUCCAAUGGCUUGUGCUCGACAGCAAGCUCCAAAGAAAGUCCCCCCAGAUAUUGGAUGCGCUCAGCCACUUCACAAUGUUACGGCGUCUAUCAAUAUUCAGCAUCUCAUCCCCAAUGACGAUUGCCACAGUCGAGGCAAACACUGCGGUCCUAAGGCAGUCUGGACGAACACUGCGCACCUUGGAGUUUUAUUGCAAUCCGGACUUUCCCCCUCCUACUUGCUUACUUGAAGCGAUACGUGACUUUGUGACGUCGCUCUCCCAUCUCUACGUGUACAGUACUCGAAACUCGCCGAUAGUCGACUUCCUCGUGCGUGGAAAAUGGGGCUCGCAACUCACAAUCGAUUCCAUGCACCUGGAGGAAUGUAUGGAAUUUGAUGCCUGGGUCAUCGCAUCCGUUGUGGAAAAGUUUCGCGCUCUGGACACAUUGCGUGUGGAGAGCUGCGGCGGACCGGGAACUUAUGGGAAUGGGGACCUAGAAGGCGUCAAGGAGCAGGCAGACUACAUCCUAAGGCAGCUGGAGCCACUCAAAAGGCGACCACUGGAAUCCCUAAGAAUAGUCCACGCAACGGAUAUUGAGUACAGGCACAUGGCUUGUAUUCCGGUACUUCGUUUGCUGGUCUACGAUCCUUGGACCAAGCGCUCCUAG